CGCUCACAGACCAUUGUUGUGACUGCCGUGCGCAGAGCCGCGCAGUGCUGUGGAGAGCUGGUGUGUGAAGGACGCAGUUCUCUCUCUGCAGUGGACAGACAACGAGCAGCGGAGCUCAGAUCUCAGCAGGAUAAACUCACAGAAGCGCUGCGUAAAACACGCGUAAAGACGGUACAACUGUGGAACGCUGAACUAUUGCCACGUUUAAUCACCCUAUCAGGCUCUUUCAUUCAUUCUCUCGCCAUCGGAUCUUUUUUUUUCCAAAGGCGAGAAAGGGCAGUUUGUUUGUUUUUUUACACGCGUAAAAUCCAACCUUCUCUCGCUCUUUUUGUGGCUUUCUUUCCCUCCAUGGAUUUAGCUCUCUGAGAAACCAGGCUGCACUGGACUUUGCCCCGGAGAUCCCAGCUCCUUCCGCCGGUCAGCAGGAGAGCCAGCUGUCGUUCACGUCUCACGGGGCUGCUGUUUUUGAUGGAUUUAUAAACCGGAUUCAAACGCCGAGACGCUCACAGACCGGGUUUUUGGAAAAAAAGGAAUAGUACUGGAGCUCCAAAUGAGGAUUUCAGUGUUCGCGCGUAUCGACCGGGACAUGGAGUGACUUCCCCUGGUGCCAGGCAUCACGGCCAAGACAGACGGGGAAGAAAAGGAUCAGGAUUGAGAGAGUUUGUGGGUUUCUGAGAUUGCCAAUGCAAGGGCCGGACGUGUGAGGCCAAAUCAGGCUUCCAGCGUUUGUUUCUACCUUUUCUACACGUGUCACAUCCGGGCGAUGGCGAGGGUCUGCACGUUCUGCGUUCUCCUGCUCUGCUUGAUGGACACGGUGUCGGCCAGGGCCAUCGAUGAAAGAAGAACUAAAGAUUUCCGCGUCUCCAGGCCUCUGAUUGUACCAGGUUACCCAGAAAACACCACGGUGGUGGUGGGCGGGCAGGCAAAGCUGCUGUGUAAAGUCCACAAGCCGGCGUCCACUAAGGUGCAGUGGCUGAAGAGAGAGGCCAGCACCCCGGGACAGAGCCAGGGGGAACCUCCUCUUCUCAGGCCUCUCACGGUCCUGCAGAGCAACGCCUCCAAGGUUUACACCCUGCAUCUGUCCAACAUCACUGUAGAGGAUGAAGGCGAGUACGUCUGCAUGGCUGAGAGCGUCCACGCAGGACAGACGGUGCAGGCCAUGCAGUCAGCGUGGUUGGACGUCCUGUCUGGUGCCAUCAUUUCCCAAACUGUGGACCUCACUGCUGCUGACGUCCCCCCAGAUGUUCUCGAGGAGCUGAGCGAGGACACGACCGAGCACCUUCUCCUCGAGCCGGGCAACGUGCUGAAGCUGCGCUGCGACAUGAGCGCGCGGCCCGGCAUGGCGGUCAACUGGUACAAGGAGGGAGUGCGUGUUCUGACCACGCCCCGGAUCCAGAUCCGCGGCAUCAUCAUGGAGAUCACGGACGUCACAUAUGAGGAUUCAGGCGUUUAUGUUUGUGUUCUCCGUGGGAGCAAAGAACCCGUGAGGAACUUCACCAUCACUGUGACGGACUCGUUAGGGUCAGGAGACGACGACGAGGACAACGGUUUGGAGGACUCGUCGGCUGAGAUCGAGACCGACCAGGUCUACUUCUCCAGAGGUCCCUAUUGGACUCACACCCAGCGCAUGGAGAAGAAGCUCUACGCUGUCCCCGCAGGCAACACUGUGAAGUUCCGCUGUCCGGCCAUGGGCAGGCCCAUGCCAAACAUUCGCUGGCUGAAAAAUGGACGUGAAUUUAGAGGAGAGCAUCGCAUUGGCGGAAUAAAGCUAAGGCACCAGCACUGGAGCCUGGUGAUGGAGAGCGUGGUUCCUUCAGACAGAGGAAACUACACCUGCGUGGUGGAGAACAAAUAUGGAUCCAUCUUUCACAGCUACGUCCUCGAUGUUCUUGAGCGCUCCCCUCACAGGCCCAUCCUACAGGCUGGUCUACCGGCCAACACUACAGCAGUGGUGGGCAGUGACGUCCAGUUCCACUGUAAGGUCUACAGCGACGCCCAGCCUCACAUUCAGUGGCUCAAACACAUUGAGAGAAACGGCAGCCGCUACGGUCCCGACGGGACGCCUUACGUUCAGGUCCUCAAGACUGGCAGUCUGAACAUGUCAGAAGUGGAGGUGCUCUACCUGUCCAAAGUUACCAUGGAGGACGCUGGAGAAUACACCUGUCUGGCUGGAAAUUCCAUUGGUUUUGCUCACCAGUCUGCCUGGCUCACCGUCCUCUCAGAGGAGGAAGCAGCAGACGCUUUGGACACGAUGGAGACCAAGUACACCGACAUCAUCAUCUAUGCAUGUGGCUUCCUGGCUCUGAUCAUGGCCAUCGUCAUCGUGGUGUUGUGUCGAAUGCAGGUCCAACCCAGGAGGGAGCCGUUUGAUGCUCUUCCUGUCCAGAAGCUCUCCAAGUUCCCUCUCCGCAGACAGUAUUCAGUGGAGUCAAACUCAUCAGGGAAAUCCAGUGCGUCUCUGAUGAGAGUCGCCCGCCUGUCGUCCAGCUGCUCUCCCAUGUUGGCUGGAGUCAUGGAGAUCGAGUUGCCCUAUGACCCAGACUGGGAAUUCCCAAGAGACAAUUUGACUUUGGGCAAACCUCUAGGAGAAGGCUGCUUCGGCCAGGUGGUCAGAGCUGAGGCCUACGGCAUCAACAAGGACUGUCUAGACCAGGCCACCACUGUGGCGGUGAAGAUGCUCAAAGACGACGCCACAGACAAAGAUCUGGCCGAUCUCAUCUCAGAGAUGGAGCUGAUGAAGGUGAUGGACAAACACAAGAAUAUCAUCAACCUGCUGGGCGUCUGCACACAAGAUGGCCCUUUAUAUGUGCUGGUGGAGUUUGCCUCCAAAGGCAGUCUGAGGGAAUACCUGCGGGCCCGGCGACCCCCAGGCAUGGACUACACCUUUGAUGUGACCAAGGUACCUGAGGAGCAGCUCACCUUCAAAGACCUCCUGUCCUGUGCCUACCAGGUGGCCAGAGGGAUGGAGUACCUGGCUUCUAAAAGGUGCAUACACAGAGACUUGGCGGCCAGAAAUGUCCUCGUGACCGAGGACAAUGUGAUGAAGAUUGCUGACUUUGGCCUGGCCAGAGGAGUCCACCAGAUCGACUACUACAAGAAAACCACCAAUGGACGUCUGCCGGUGAAGUGGAUGGCACCAGAAGCCUUGUUUGACAGAGUCUACACACACCAGAGCGACGUGUGGUCAUUCGGCGUCUUGAUGUGGGAGAUCUUCACGUUGGGCGGCUCACCGUACCCCGGCAUCCCCGUCGAAGAACUCUUCAAGCUGCUGAAGGAAGGACAUCGAAUGGACAAACCCUCCAACUGCACACAUGAACUCUACAUGAUGAUGCGUGAGUGCUGGCACGCUGUUCCCACCCAGAGACCCACCUUCAAACAGCUGGUCGAGGAGCUGGACAAAGUGCUGUUGUCCAUCUCUGAUGAGUACUUGGACCUGUCGACGCCCUUCGAGCAGUACUCGCCGUCCUGCGAGGAUACGUCCAGCUCCUGCUCCUCCGACAACGACUCCGUGUUCACCCACGACGCUCUGUCGACGGACCCGUGUCUCCUGGGCUACCAGGACGUCCGCUCCCGGACAGACGUGAAGACGGCGCUCCGAUAGACGCGCAGCUCCUGCCGUGUGCACCCAGGAACACACUGGUGGCCACACUGGACGUCCACAACAGCAUUUUCUCAUUUUAAGUUAAGGCUUUUCUCCUUUUACUUUGGACCUCCAUUUUGGCACCAGACAAAAGCCCUUAGGUAAAGGUGGGCAUCUGUUACACACACACACACACACACACACACACACGCACACGUGCAUGUGGAGCACUGAAGCCUGUGCGCUUCAUGACUUGUUGGAGUUCUGUAGGAAAACUGAAGAAAAAGACGACAAACACAACGUGGUACUUUGGACUAUCAGCUCUGGCUCUGUUCCCGAGAACAGCUGUGAAGUUGGAAAAAAAAAACUGUGGCACUAAAAAGGAAGAGGCCGUGGUACUCACAACAGCUUCAUAUGCUUUCUAUGGUCAGUUAUCCUUCAGCGAGGAACUCUUCACACAAACUCAGCCCAAAAACCAGGGCACCAAAAACCCUGCGUGAAAAUAGACAUUAAAAAAAAAAGAAAAAAAAAAAAGAUUUAUUUUGCUAUGAUAAAAAAGAACUGAUUGUUAAAUAUAAAUCUCUCUAUAUAAGAUUAUUUUACUUUUGUGUUGCUUAUUUAAAAAAGAAAAGCGGUCUUAAAUCUCAGGAUCUCUCGUGCUAAGAAGUUGCUGCAGCAUCGGCAACAAAGUGCCUGAAGUUAUAAUUUCCUGUGAAUAUAUUUGAAUAUUAAAACUAUUGUAUGUACAUAUCAGCAACAGAUAGAUGAUUUGCCUUUUAUAAAUUAUUGUGAAUGACACAAAAAUGAAGGUUACUGGAGGCAAAAAGACGAGGAGAGGAGUUUUUUUUAAUUCCAAAAACACUGCCACGGUCAAUUCAGCUGACGUGAACCAUUUUCUCAUCACUGUCUAUAAACAGCGUGUAUCGUGAUUGUUUGGUUAUUUUUCCAUUGACAACUUAAGCCUCAGAUAUUUGUGGUGAAAUAGAAAGAAAGAAAAUAUGGAUCAAAUUCAGCUUUUUUUUGGGAAUGAAACGGUCGUAAUUUGUGGGCAAAAAAUCCCAGAGGGAGCGCGGCUCAGUUAUUGUUGUUGUUGUUGUUUGAAGAAAAUCACAAAUUUACAUUUAAGCCUCUCAAAAAGUUGCUGACAUGUUUGAAAUGCGGUUUCACUCGGUCUCCAAACCCCCCCGAGGUCCUGAGACGUUCUCAUCUUCUGACGCAGCAUCUUGUGGUUUUCCUCCCAACAACAACAACAACAACAACAACAACAACAGCCGCCGCCGCUGUACUCGGCCUCUGCCUUCAUCAUCGCUGCAUUGUCACAGACAGUGUGUCCACAGUGGGACACGCCCUCAUGGUGAGGACUGACGAUUCAGCGUGAGGACUCUGUGGGGAACUUGGCCAGGCCCACUCUUCACUGUUGACAAGGAGGGGGGAGGAGGAGGAGGGGAGGUGGACACUGAAUGUGAAAGCCAGUGUGAUUGAUUUCAAAUGGAGUAGAAGGGGGAGGGAGCCUCCUUUGUCUGCCUCUAACCCCUCACCCAUCCCAAUCUGUUGGUGAGGGGUCCUCAGGUCUGCAGCCUGGCUGGACAAUGAAGGCUUUGCAGGCUUAAUGGGUGCGACUAUGGACCAGAGGGAGUUUUUGGGGGGUGCUGGUGGUGGUGGUGAGGGGAUAGCUUGGGCUUGUGUGCAAAUGAAGAGGCUCUUAUUAUGCUAAUGUGUCCUCUUCUCCACUAAAAACGCCCCUAUCUUUAUCCAGGGCCACCGUCUUUUAAAUGACAAUUCUUAAUUCUCGUGUGCAGAGACUGGUUUUCCCCCGUUCACCUCCUGAAAAACACAGAGUUAUCAUUCAGAGACGUGACUGUGAUGUCACUGUGAUGUCACGGUGAUGUCACUGUGAUCACAUUCUGUCAAAUCUGUGUCCCGGUAAAAGACAACACUCGGCAAACGGUCAAAUGUGAAAGCACGGUUUAAACAAACGAGCAGAGUCACACGUGGAGUUGUGAUGAUUGUUAAAAAAGAACAUGUCAUUAUCACAUGCUGUAUCACUCCAUCAGUUGCUUUAGCGUCUUUUUUUUUGUCUGCCAGAUGGUUCAAAGGUUAAAGUCCAAACAUGAAGAAGGGUUUCAUUCCAUUCACCCAGUCUUCAACUCAAAGAAGGAUUCUUGUAUCUACGCUGCUCAUGUGUUUGCAUCACGUGAUGACAGCUGCUGUCGCUGAUGGAGAUGUGGUUUGGGUUUUUUUGGAAUGAAGCUCUUCACAUUUUACAUGAAGUGUUUGUUUUUUGCAUUCUUACAUUCCAGCUUUUUUUCCCCCCAGAAACAACAAAAAUGUAUACAAUCACAAUGUUCUUAAACAUUUCCUCAAGAGAAAUUAUUUUAGAAAUAUCUAAUUUAUUUGUUUAUUGUUUUGUUUUUAUAUGAAAUAAAGUAUAAUUUAAAACAGA